AUGUCUGAAGUUCUCGAAAAUGACCAAACAGAAGAAGAAGAAUCUGAAGCUCAGUCAAUAAUUGAAGAGAAUUUUUUUAAUUAUCUCAAAGAAUUAGAUGAACAAGUAUGGGAAAGAUUAUUUCGAGUUAAAGCAUGCCUAGUAGCACUGUUUAGAAGUCUAGGAGAAUUGGAAAAGUUAAUUAUAUUCAGAUUAUUGUACAUUGACCAGUCAAUAAGCGAAAAGCCACUCAGACUAUGGAUGCGUGCCCACUCAAUAGCAGACUUGAAGCACUCACUUACAUUAUUACAAUCAUACAAAAUUAUUACAGUGUUAGAAAACACGACAAAUGACGAAAAACAACAGUAUAAGCUCAAUGAUGGUUUUAAAAAUGGAUUCGUGACACUCCUAUCAGAUGAUUCUAGUUAUAAAUAUUCAUACGAGUUAGUUAAACUUGAAUCUAUUUUGGUUUCAUCAACAAAAACAAAAGAACCGACCAAAAAUUCUAACAAUUCAUAUCAUGAUACUGUCACAGAAGAUCACGUAAGUAAAACGGCAGAAAAGGCUGUUGAAAAUACGACUGAAGAAUUGACUGAAGAAACGCCUAGGAACAAGAAUAAAAGUCUUAUUACGCUGGAUGACCUGGUGAAACACGCGAAACUAAAGUUGGACUUUAUCCUGCUAUUUCUUGUAUCACCAGAAGCGAGAAAAGGCACGAUGCUGGUUAACAAGAUAUUGAGGAAAAUCAAAAGACUGAAGAAACAGUCAGAUGAAACCAAAAACGAUAAAAAAAUCGAAAAUUUAGAAGCCAAGUUUAAUAGGCUCUCGAAAAAUUCAGGUGUAAUAAGUCAGGAUUUAUUACAGAUAUUGAGGAGGUUUGGAAUGGUAGACCCAGCGAAGAAGAAUUACAAAAGCUCCAAGACAGUAGGAACGAAGAUGAGUAGACAGACAUUGAGUUGGUUAUUGAAGGACGUGACAAGUCAGAUGACGUCACUGUUGGUUGGUCAUUUGCAGAACCUGGAUAACGGGUACCUGACAAACUGUAAGUCAAUGAAUAGGAGCUCAGAGGACUCUAAAAAAUCAUCUUUGGAGUUAAAGGAAGCGUCCAUGAAGACAGUAACAGAAUCAGUUGAACUUUUAUUGUCACUGUCCCAAGCUAGUUGUGGAGAUUGUUUCUCAACAGAGGGAUUAACAAAGACCCAAAUCAGACUGUUAAGACUUCUAAACGAACUGGGAAUAGUUUAUUACAAGAACCCUAAAAAGUUCUAUUUGUACGAUUUAUCAUAUAUCGUGGGAAAAACAAACACAAACAGUGUUCUGCCCAAUAGCAAGGACCUUGAUAUAAGUAUAAAGGCAGGUAACGACAGUAGAAUCAUAGUACAGAGUAAUUUCAAAGUGUAUGUGUAUACAGCAAGCCCACUGCAAAUCAGUGUUUUGAGUCAUUUGUGUGAACUUCAAGCAAGAACACCAAAUCUGGUUGUAGGAGUUUUAACUAGAGAGAGUGUACAGUCAGCAUUUAAGUCGGGAAUUACCUCAAAAGAGAUUAUCAGAUUCUUGUCACCAAAUGGUAUGAAUUCAUCAAUUGGAAGCCAGGAAAAUACGUUACUUAAUUCAUCAUUCACCUACAGCAUACCAGAAAAUGUGUGCAGACAACUCAAAAUGUGGGAGUCUGAAAGGGAUAGAAUAGAGUUAUGUCCAUCAAUAGUGUUCAAAAGGUGGGACCAAGAUUUUAUGCCUGAUCUUUUUCAGAGAACAGUAAGGUGGGCUCAGAGUAAGAGGUAUGAACUCUUUUACACACAGUGGCCAUCAGAUCCGCACUCGCCAGAGUACCACGAGUGGAUAUCCAAGGAAAAGUAUCUAGCAUGUAACCUUGAGUUUAAAGAAGAAGUAAUUAAUCAGAUUAGGUUAAUUCGAGCUGACAUUUCAGCAGAAAGACAGGCCAAAAUUAGUAGUGGAUAG